CAGUCCGCUGUAUCGUGCAUAAAAGUUACUACACUUUUACCACACCGAGUCCACUUAUCAAAGCCUUUGCAGCUUACCUCAACUGUAGGUCAAGAGGAGCGUCUCAGUCGCUUUGGCCUGCGCUUCCCCGUAUCUCUUUUGGCUUUGAAUGCCAGCUGUUUCUGAAGUGCGACGAGAGCGACAAAGAUGCAGAAUAUCGGAGCCGCGAACGCCGACGAUGCGUUCUAUCGCUACAAAAUGCCGAAGCUGCAGGCCAAGAUUGAGGGCCGAGGCAACGGCAUCAAGACUAACGUUGUAAACAACGUUGAGAUUGCAAAGGCUCUGGAGCGCCCACCUGAGUAUGUUUUGAAGUACUACGGGUGCGAGCUCGGGGCUCAGACCAACUUCGACAAGGCGAGUGGAACGUCCAUCGUUAACGGUGCGCACGAUACGCGCAAGCUCUCAGAGCUGCUGGAGGUAUUCAUCAAGAAGUAUGUCUGCUGCUAUAGCUGCAACAACCCAGAGACGCAGAUUAAGAUCAAGAAGGAGAACAUAUACCUGAAGUGCAAAGCGUGCGGCUUCGUGUCCGACGUGGACCCCCGGCACAAGCUGAACACCUUCAUCCUGAAGAACCCCCCCGAGAACAAGUUGAAAAAGGAGGAGCAGAAGCUGAAGAAGGCGGAGGAGGAGCGAGUGAAGGACGCGGAGGCCCUGGGGGAGAAGGAGAAGAAGGAGAAGAAGAAGAAGGACAAGGAGAAGAAGGAGAAGAAGGACAAGAAGAAGAAGAAGGAGGGCAAGGAGGGCGAGGAGGGCGAGGACAAGGCGUCCGAGGAGGAGGACGAGAACAGCGGCGAUGAGGACGAUGACGGGGUGGUGUGGAUGACGGACACGUCGGCGGAGGCCGCCAAGCGCCGCGCGCAGGAGCAGCUGACGGCGGCCACAGCAGCCAUGGUGACAGUGGGCAACCUGGAGGCGGAGCAGGAGGCGGCGCGGCGGAAGGCGGAGCGCGAGGCCAAGAAGGCCGCGGAGGAGGAGGCGCGCAAGAAGGCUGAGGAGGAGAAGAAGGCGGCUGAGGAGGAGGCUGCACGGGCGGUGGCUGCGGCCCAGGCUGCGGCGCUGGCCAGUGCCGACCCGGUGGUGCGGCUGCGCGCGCUGCUGGCGGACAAGGACGCGCCCACGGUGGUGAAGGAGCUCAAGGGCAUGACGGUGGAGGGCGGCGUGGCGGGCAAGAUGCGGGUGCUGUACGAGGCGGCUCUGGCGGGCAGCGAUACCAAGAUGGACGUGACGCUGAAGGCGCGCAAGAACAUUUUUGCGCAGUUCGCUCAGGACCCGCAGAGCCAGCUGGCGCAGCUGAUUGCCAUGGAGCACAUGUUCGCGGUGGCGGCGCCGGAGCGGCUGAAGGAGGCCCCGUACCUGCUGAAGCAGCUGUACGAGACGGACCUGGUGGAGGAGGACGUCAUCCUGGCAUGGGCGCAGAAGUCCGACGCCGGCAAGCUGCUGGGCGUGCCGGCGGACGGCGGCAAGGCGGUGCGCAAGGCGGUGGCGCAGGUGGUGGAGUGGCUGCAGAGCCAGGAGGAUGAGGAGGAUGAGGAGGACGAGGACGACGAGUGAUAGAGGUAGAUGGCGUCCUGGCUCGAGGUGCUGGGUGGUAACGGUGGCGUGGGGUGCCGCACAGGCACACAGCCGCACAGGAACAGGGACUUCGGGCCAAACAUGUUGUGGCGGGAGGGUGCUGCGCCAGCCGUAUGUGCCAGUUCCAACCCUCGCAACGGGUGCUGUGAGCAGGGAGGCGGCUGCAGGAGGUCCCUUGAGACAGGAGCUUGGGGGUGGCUGUGAUGGGUCAGGCGAAGUGGGCAGGAGUGCGACAAGCAGGACAAGCAAAUACCCGGUCAUGGUGGUGCGAGGGUGUUGGUGGGCAGCACGGAAACGGGUGGCGUAGUGUCGGCGAUGGAGUUGCGUGGAGGCGGCGGAACGCGCGAGGUGCCCGGCCGGGCAACAGCACCGUCCAUGACGCCACGCAGCUGCGAGACGCGUGUGGAGUGUGUUUGAGCACCUGCAGGUAGAUGACCGGCGUCCACGGAUAAGCACCGAAGAUGCCCGCACAGAAGUUUUGGGCGCGCACCCCGCGAGGUGGUCAACUGUGGGCCACAGCUUUAACCCGUGCUUCAGUUCAGUUCAUGUAACGAAGAUGGACUGAAAUGCGUAUGGGACGGAGAGCGCAAGCGCAUGACGUGCUGAUGUCGCACAUGCAGCAAAGCACUAGGGGGGAUGAGGGGGGCGGGCAUGUGGUUGGCUCGACCGUGGACUGCGACGGAGCAGGGCGAGGGGCAGGUUGGCGCAGCUCAAGGUGUCCCCAGACCCGAACACUACAUUCAUCAAUCAAGGCGCAACGGCAAGGCGUGGGUCCGUAACGGCAAGGCGUGGGCCCGCGCGGCUAGGGUCCUGUACAUACGGUAG